AUGCGUACCUACGACGACUCCUUCAGCGGCCAGAAGAUCUACCCCGGCAAGGGUAAGCUGUACGUCCGUGGCGACAGCAAGAUCUUCCGCUUCCAGAAUGGCAAGUCCGAGUCGCUCUUCCUCCAGCGCAAGAACCCCCGCAGGAUCGCCUGGACUGUCCUGUACCGUCGCCAGCACCGCAAGGGUAUCUCUGAGGAGGUCGCCAAGAAGCGUACCCGCCGUGUUGUGAAGAACCAGCGUGCCAUCGUUGGUGCUUCCCUCGAGCAGAUCAAGGAGCGCCGCACCCAGCGCCCCGAGGCCCGUGAGGCCGCCCGCAAGCAGGCCAUCAAGGACGCCAAGGAGAAGAAGACCGCCGCCGAGUCCAAGAAGAAGGCCGAGAAGGCCAAGACCGCCGCCAGCGCCGCCAAGGGUGGUGCCCAGCGCAUUGCCAGCAAGCAGGGUGCCAAGGGCUCUGCCCCCAAGGUUGCCGCCAAGUCCCGCUAA